GGCGCGGCCGGGGCGAUGCUGUCGGGGGGGAAGAAGGCCGCGGAGGCGGCGGCGGGCGGCGAGGGCGGGCCUGAGGCGCCGGUGCCUCCGCCGGCCGCCGCGGGGGCCCUGGGCUCCUCUGCCGAGAGCGGCGGUGCUGCGGAGCGUACUCCCCGCAAGAAGGAGCCGCCGCGGGCCUCGCCCCCGGGCGGUCUGUCCGAGCCGCCGGCCGCCGGUGCCGCCCCUGCGCCCGGCGCCGAAACCACUGGCAUCGCCGAGACCCCCGAGGGUCGCAGGACCAGCCGCCGCAAGCGGGCCAAAGUGGAGUAUAGAGAGAUGGAUGAGAGUCUUGCAAAUCUGUCAGAAGAUGAGUAUUACUCUGAAGAAGAGAGAAAUGCUAAAGCUGAGAAAGAGAAAAAACUACCACUACCACCUCCACCAGCUCCUGCAGAAGAAGAGAAUGAAAGCGAGCCGGAGGAGCCAUCUGGGCAAGCAGGAGGACUUCAAGACGACAAUUCUGGAGGGUAUGGAGACGGCCAAGCAUCAGGUGUGGAGGGUGCAGCUUUCCAGAGUAGACUUCCACAUGACCGUAUGACAUCUCAAGAAGCUGCCUGCUUCCCUGAUAUAAUCAGUGGGCCACAGCAGACUCAGAAGGUGUUUCUGUACAUCAGGAACCGCACCCUGCAGCUCUGGUUGGAUAACCCUAAGAUUCAGUUGACAUUUGAGGCAACUAUCCAACAAUUAGAAGCACCUUAUAAUAGUGAUACGGUGCUUGUUCACAGAGUACACAGCUAUUUGGAGCGGCAUGGUCUAAUCAACUUUGGUAUCUACAAAAGAGUGAAGCCCCUUCCAACCAAGAAGACGGGAAAGGUGAUCAUUAUCGGUUCUGGAGUCUCUGGGUUGGCAGCAGCUCGCCAGUUGCAGAGUUUUGGAAUGGAUGUCACGGUUCUGGAAGCCAGGGACCGAGUAGGGGGAAGAGUUGCUACCUUUCGCAAAGGGAACUAUGUUGCUGAUCUAGGAGCAAUGGUGGUAACAGGACUUGGAGGCAAUCCCAUGGCUGUGGUCAGCAAACAAGUGAAUAUGGAAUUGGCUAAGAUCAAACAAAAAUGCCCACUUUAUGAAGCAAAUGGACAAGCUGUUCCAAAAGAGAAAGAUGAAAUGGUGGAGCAAGAAUUUAAUCGUCUGCUGGAAGCCACUUCCUAUCUCAGUCAUCAGCUGGAUUUUAAUGUUCUCAAUAAUAAGCCUGUAUCCCUAGGUCAGGCUCUGGAGGUUGUCAUACAAUUGCAGGAGAAGCAUGUGAAGGAUGAGCAGAUUGAACACUGGAAAAAAAUUGUGAAAACACAGGAGGAAUUGAAAGAUCUUCUUAACAAGAUGGUGAAUUUAAAAGAGAAGAUUAAAGAACUUCAUCAACAGUAUAAGGAAGCAUCAGAAGUGAAGCCACCUCGGGAUAUUACAGCAGAGUUCCUUGUGAAAAGCAAACACAGAGAUCUGACUGCACUUUGCAAGGAGUAUGAUGAAUUGGCAGAAACACAAGGAAAGCUGGAAGAGAAGUUACAAGAACUUGAAGCCAAUCCACCAAGUGAUGUUUAUCUGUCAUCAAGAGACAGGCAAAUACUCGACUGGCAUUUUGCAAACCUAGAAUUUGCUAAUGCUACACCCCUGUCUACACUUUCACUGAAGCACUGGGACCAGGAUGAUGACUUUGAAUUCACAGGCAGUCACUUGACUGUGAGGAAUGGAUAUUCCUGUGUGCCUGUAGCCUUGGCAGAAGGGUUGGAUAUUAAAUUAAACACAGCAGUUCGACAGGUUCGCUAUACAGCAUCAGGCUGUGAAGUGAUAGCUGUAAAUACCCGAUCUACUAGCCAGACUUUCAUUUACAAAUGUGAUGCUGUGCUGUGUACUCUUCCCUUGGGAGUAUUGAAACAGCAGCCUCCAGCAGUACAGUUUGUGCCGCCUCUUCCUGAGUGGAAAACUUCUGCAGUGCAGCGUAUGGGAUUUGGCAACCUUAACAAGGUUGUGUUGUGUUUUGAUCGUGUCUUCUGGGAUCCGAGUGUCAAUUUGUUUGGUCAUGUUGGUAGCACUACUGCAAGCAGAGGAGAACUUUUCCUGUUUUGGAACCUGUACAAAGCACCAAUUUUGUUGGCCUUGGUAGCAGGCGAAGCAGCAGGGAUCAUGGAAAAUAUCAGUGAUGAUGUCAUUGUUGGCCGGUGCCUUGCCAUCCUCAAAGGCAUAUUUGGUAGCAGUGCUGUGCCACAGCCUAAAGAGACUGUGGUGUCCCGCUGGCGUGCUGACCCGUGGGCCCGGGGAUCGUACUCCUAUGUAGCAGCUGGAUCUUCUGGAAAUGACUAUGAUUUGAUGGCUCAGCCAAUUACUCCAGGGCCAGCGAUUCCAGGUGCUCCUCAGCCUAUUCCUCGCCUGUUUUUUGCGGGAGAACAUACAAUUCGCAACUACCCUGCAACUGUUCAUGGUGCUUUACUGAGUGGACUGAGAGAAGCCGGUCGCAUUGCAGACCAAUUUCUUGGGGCUAUGUAUACUUUGCCUCGCCAGCCUACGCCUGGGGUCCCCCCACAACAAGCUACCAGCAUGUGAGAAAAGUAGAAGGUAUCAGAAGAGGAGUGACGACCACAGUGUUGCUAUUGUGGACUCUUUGGGAUGAAGAUAUUCACGUAGUCUCUAACAGUAUCUGCUGAAAGGACUCAACCAUGAGUUACUGUAUGAUACUUCCAUUUAGAAUGGCCUUACAAAAUCUUACCUAACCUUUGGCUUGGCAUCCUUUUACAAAAUCUCUUGCAGCUAUUUGAAGUGUCAGUGUACACAGAAUCCUUUACUACCAAGCUGGUCAGGGACUUUUUUGACUCUCUGCAGAUACUUUUUGAAAGUCAAGCUUAUAGCUGGAGGUUUUUUUAGGUUUUUUUUUUCUACCUAUACAUGUAUUUACAAUUUGGUAAUUGCACAAGGCCCUGUAGAAGCUGGUUGCUACGAAUAGUAGCUUAGUGUAGAAUUUAUGUAAACUUCUUUGUUGUUGUUUUUUUUUAUUGUUUUGUUUUGAAGAAUAAUAUUUUUUGACCAAUUCUA